AUGGUGUCGUCGAUGAUCAAGAAGCUCUUGUACCUGGCGACUGUAGCUAUAUCUCCAGUUAUUGCGAAGCCUCAUUCAAAAUGCACAGCCGGAAGCUUACUGAUCUCUCACGGGACCAUCUCCUCAGUCCAGCACCACGUUGCUGGCGAUGUCAUACCCCUGCCUAACACAGUAGCAUCCUGCAGAGGUCCAAACUUCAAAGUCAACAUCACAGCAGACCUCUGCAGAAUUGUUGUCAAAGUCUCAUCAAGCGACUUCAGCUCAGUCCGUAUCGAGGCAUGGCUUCCGGAUGACUGGAACACACGUCUACUGGCCACAGGAACAGGCGGUAUCGGGGGAUGCAUUGACUUCCCGUCUGUGCAGAACGGGGCGCAACUCGGUUUUGCCUGUUUUGGUACGAAUACGGGCCACGACGGCGAGCAAGGCUUCGAGUUCUUUCUCAACCAACCAGGGUUCAUCAACGACUUCGGACAUCGAGGGAUCUACGUUGAAGCGGUAGUCGCCAAGCAAAUCGUGCAGCAGUAUUACGGUCUGCAGAAUGCUCAGCUCUACCCCGAUGACUUUGACGGACUCCUCGCUGGAGCGCCAGGCAUUGACUGGCUUCACAUUGUGGCGUCAAAAGGUAUCCUUGCUCGACGGAUUGGAUGGCCUGAUCUGACUUCUGAUGCAUAUGUUCGACCAGAACAGUGGAAAGUGAUAGUAGCAAAAAAGACUGAGCGGCUCGAUCCUCUGGAUGGUGUUGAGGAUGGCAUCACUGACAACCCUUCGGCACAUGCCUUCGACCCAAUGAUUAUGGCCUGUGGCACUGGCCUACUCAACAGUUGUCUCUGUCUAAAGCCCCGGCAGGUAGAGUCUGUCAGAGCCGCCUACGAACCUCUGGCAAACUUAGAGGGCAAUGCUGUAUACUCAGGAUUUGCAUUGGGUGUUGACACAACUAUGUGA